AUUAUAAUAUUAUUUUGAUUGUUGUUAAUGUUAAAUUCUUUGAAUAGAGAUGAAAACAUGGAAUGUUAAUUCUCUACGUAAAAUCAGUUUUAAUAUACUUUUAUGGGAAAUCUACGAAAAAGUCCCAAAAUUUUGAUCCAAUUUAUGAUUUAGUCCUAAAUUAAAUUUCACUUACGAAAAAGGCCAGAUUACCGGCUAUUACACUCAGUUUAGCCCUAGGAACCGGAAAUCCUUAUAAUAGCUGGUUACCCCAGAUGGCUCGUCCUUAUCACCCUUCACUAACCUCCCCGUUAUCUACUCCUCCUCUAUUAAAACCCUUUCUCACCCUCCAUCGAAGCAAAACGUUACCUGAGAAGAAUCAAUGGUAAGAAAAAUCCACGUCAUCCUCCAAUAUCUUUUUUCCCUUAUAAUAUUUGAGUAAUUUUUGUUUUGUAGUGAUACUGGAGACAGUAGAUGACUUUGAUACCAUUGACGUGGAAUUAGAUGAGUUUUUCAAACACAAACAAAGAAUCUGAUGCAAAGAUGAGUUCCUAAAUACUCUCACAGACGAAGCGCUUGACGAAUGCACCAUACCUAAGAUAAACCUAAAUGAUUUUGAAGGAAUAUCGGAAGAUGAAGCACCGUAGGAAAAACUGAGUGAUAGUGAGGGUAAAGAUGAAGACAAAUUGCAGUUUCAAUACUUAACCCAUGAUCCGAAGUUGAAAUGGAACAAUAUGAAGCCAGUUCUUGGAGAGAGUGCUAAUCUUAUGGAUCCUACAUGGAUAGCUAGGCAGUUUUUAAAGGAGAUGAUUAGGAAACCAAAUCUAAAAGGUAAGGAAAUGCAACCUAUUAUUCAAAGCAGGUUCCAUUGCAAGGUUUCAUGGUCAAAAUGUUAUAGAGCAAAGUGUAGGGAAAUUUCAUUAAUAUAUGGAAAGUUGAGUGAUCACUAUGCAAAAGUUUGGGAUUAUGGACAUGAGCUGGUGAGGUCUAUUCUAGCGAGUACACUUCAAAUAUAUGUCACUGUAAACCCUGAUAAGAGUACUAAUUUCCAUAGAAUGUAUACAUGUUUUAAGGCUAUCAAAGAAGGAUGGAAAGUUGGUUGUCGAAGAGUUAUAGGGCUUGAUGGGAGUUUUUUGAAAGGACAAUGUAAAGGUGAGCUGCUAACUGCCAUAAGGAGGGAUACAAAUAACCAUGUGUAUUCCAAUUCUUGGGAAAUAGUUGAAAUUGACAACAAUCUCAACCGACAGUGGUUCCAGGAACUAUUACAUGAUGACCUGGAAUUACAAGGAGGCUUGGAUUUGUGUCUUAUUUCUGAUCAACACAAGGGUCUUUUGGAAGCUGUAAAGGUUGUAUUGCGACGUGUGGAGCACAGACAAUGUGCAAGACAUGUGUAUGCAAAUUUCAGAAAGUUCUUCAGUGGUAUAGAGUUCAAGAAUAUGUUUUGGACAAUUGCUAAGUUAACUAUUGAAGGAGACUUAAAAUUGAAUAUGGAGAAGAUCAGAGAAGUUAAACCUGCUGCUUAUGAUCAUUUGAUGGCAAGGGAGCCUAAAUCUUGGUGGAGGGUAUUUUUUAAAGGUGGAAUGGCAUGUGAGGCUGUUGAAAAUAGAAUGAUAGAGUGUUUUAAUGCCAUCAUACUUGAUGCCAGAAAGAAGCCUUUGUUGGCCAUGCUUGAGGAGAUUAGACUAUAUAUGACAGAAAGGUUAUUUAACUUGAAGCAAGAAGCAUGUAAAUGGGUGAAUAAUGUGUGUCCAGGACCUAUUAAGAAAAUGGAUGAGUUUGCUUUUGAUAUCAAACUUUGGGAGUUGUCUGGGAUCCCCUGUGUCCAUGCCCAAGCAACCAUAAUUUACACACAACAGGAUCCAACUAGAUUUAUCAGCACAUGGUUUGGUAAGAACAAGUUCUUAGCUACUUAUGAGUCUAACAUCCUUCCUGUUAAUGGCAGUAAUAUGUGGGAACCAACACCUUACACCAAACCACUAUCACCUGUUAAAAGAAGGAUGCCAGGAAGGCCUUGUAUGAAAAGGAAAAGGCAUAUCUCUGAGCAUCGAGAUAGGUUCUCCCAAGUCUCCUCUAAGGGUAGAACUGUCCAACGUCAGAAUUGUGAUGGUCUGGAUAUGGAUGAUCUAGACCAAAUACUGCAUGAUUUGAGUUACCUUAGAGAGUCAAAAUACAGUGAAGCAGAGAUCCUUUUGUGUCUUAAUAUCACCCAAUCACAACUUCAAGGAUUUGAUGCUUUGCUUCACCAAUCUAAACAAGCUGCAAAGGUGGACAAUGAUGAAGAUGGAGUUGAGGAUGAUGAAGAGGGAGUUGAUGAUACUCAAGUUAGGGUUAGAAAUCAAAUCAAGGUUAGAAGAAGAAAAGCUUCUGAAAGGAUCACUGAAAACAUGGUGAAGAAAAUUAUGGUUGACAAGAAAGGAUUAGGAAUGGAUCCAGAAAAAGCACUUAGUUUGGAUUAG